AUGCCUUUGCUAACGUUACGAGGUGACCCGCAGACCCUCAAGGAGGAGCGCAAAACUGAACUGCGCCUGAGAAUCAAAAUCCUAAUUGGAAACAGAAGCAUAGACCAUCCCGGAAAUUACCCACAAGAAAUAGAUGAGAUAAUCUAUUCUCAAUCUGAGUUCACAGAACUAGAUUUUCUGCAUGAUAUUUUAUUAUCCGGUGCGCGGACUGGCAAUAUUGUAUUGUUGGAGCACUAUUUGAACGACACAUCUCUUACCAUUAAUAAUUUCAAAGUCGACGAAUCGGGUGAUAACUUUUUACACUUGAUAUGCCGAAGUUUUUAUAGCCGGGAUAGGGACUUGAAUGAUUUCUUGUGUGAUAAUUUUGGCAGAACACCCUUAGAUGAAAUCGUCAGAGAUUUAUUGCUACAACGUAACGAUGAAGGCCUGACACCCUUGCAAGUGUGUGCAAGGGAGGUGGACGCCCCGACAACAAUGGCCAACCUAUUCGGACCACUUGGAGACCGGAGCGAGAGAGAAGCGCGCUACGCAAGUAUGGCUAAACUCUCACUGCCGUAUUACGAUUCUGACAUUGGCAACGAAGUAGCCAUCUUCAAUCCAUACGACACAAAUUUAUUUGGCGGUAGAGAGAGCCAGCAGGACCUGAUGCAGCCGUACAGGUAUGUUAGAAUGUUCGAUGCUGGCAUGACAUGUACCAAUACCAGAGAUUGA